UCUCUCUCUCUCUCUCUCUCUCUCUCUCUCUCUCUCUUUUUCUCGACUUCUUUCUCUCUCUCUCACUGUUCUCUGCCUUGGGAACUGCAACGGAAGAGGCAGAGAUUUGGUAGAUUCGGAUAGGGGAUUUUUUUUGGGGGGUCAGAGUAAAUCCGGUUUACAAUUUGUUUUCAGAACCGGUUGAAGUUAUCGAAUUGAGACCACCGGAGAAGCAGAAGAAGGAUGUUGUCAGUGACUCCGCCGCUGAUCGAUCCGGGACGACGAAGUCAGCGGCAUGGUGGAUUCCCUAAAAGUGUUUGUACUUCAAUUAACGAGUGUAUGUGUCAUGGGAUACCAGAUUCUCGCCAGCUACAGAGUGGAGAUAUAAUAAACAUCGAUGUCACGGUUUACUUGGAUGGUUACCAUGGAGAUACAUCAAGAACUUUCUUCUGUGGAGAAGUAAGUGAAGGUUUUAAACAGCUUGUAAAGGUUACGGAGGAAUGCUUGGAGAAAGGAAUAGCCGUUUGUAAAGAUGGAGCAAGCUUCAAGAAAACCAGCUUGUGCAUGUGCUUGGUGUUGAACUGAUAGAUACCGUGCUUUUGCUUUUCCACCAAAAGUAAACAAAAAUUUAAUGUCUAAGUAUGGAGUUUGAAUAUUUUGCAAGGCUAUAGCUGUGAAAAAUCAGCUUAUAAGCCAUUAUAAAUCAGUUUAUAAACCUUUAUAAAUUACUUCAUAAACACUUAUCAUU